UACAGACUAACACGGCUACCACUCUGAAACCUGAUUUUUCUGUAUAAGUUCUGUAGGGUCAGAAAGGGAAUGAAUUGAAUUGCCCUCCUGUGCCCACUGAGUAGUUGCCCCCUCCAUUGAGGAUGGUGAACCACACAGAGAAGACUCCACUGGGUUCUUGGGUAUGGGUGUAGGGAGAACAGAGCUAAAACUUGAGUCUCCCCUUUAUGUUGAAGUGGAGUGAUCCAUAUCAAGUGGAACCCCUCCAUGUGUAGAUAUAAGAGGUGGCAUGAUCUCGCCUUUUGUUUUAUAGUAAUGUAGGUCUAGUGUAUGUGAUCAGUGCUCAGGACCUGCAAUAGGUGGAAGGGUUCCUUCCAUAUAGGGUUGAAGAAGGUGGGAAAGAAAUGCUCAGUCUUAAUGAUGAUAUGCCAAGUGUGUUGCCUUCUUCCUGUAAUUGGUGACUUUCUUGAGGCACUUGAAGGCCCUACAUACACUAAAACUUGAUUAUUAACACUGGCAUUCUUAUACUUGUUUUCAUUGCAUUCUUAGAAACUGUGCUAUGGAGUUGUUGGGCCAGUGGUUUCUGUUAGGAAUAUAUAUUUUGUGGGGGGGAAAACACUGUCUACGUUAGAUUUUUAUAUCAGGCUAAAACUGUGUAGGUAAAUGGGUCUCAAACAUAGUUACAAUAUUUAAUUUUUUUAAAACCUGGUUGUAGCUAGCUAGUGUUCUUAUUCUAUCAUGGGCCUUAACCCAGUGAUAGAAUAGGUUUUGAGACACCAUAUAGAUAAAGUUCGAUUUUCAGUCUUGCCAAUCCUCUAGUCUUCAAAGAGGUAAACCUAUUCAGAAAAACACUUUAUAGAGAACUUUUAUGGUCUACAUCAUAGACAUUUCUCCUGUUGCCUUUAGGAUGGGAACAGAGGCAUUUACCAGGCCUUUACUAUACAACAGAGGCAAUGUGUCCUAGUGUCUAGAACACUAGAUUGGAAAACUGAGGCACAAAGAGGUAGGCCUGGUCUACACUGCGAGUUUAAGUCGACUUUAGCAGCGUUAAAUCGAAUUAAGCCUGGACACGUUCACACGACGAAGCCCUUUCUUUCGACUUAAAGGGCCCUUUAAACCAGUUUCUUUACUCCACCUCCGAUGAGGGGAUUAGCGAUAAAAUCGGCCUUUGCGGGUCGGAAUUGGGGUAGUGUGGACGAAAUUCGACAUUAUUGGCCUCCGGGAGCUAUCCCACAGUGCUUCAUUGUGACCGCUCUGGACAGCACUCUCAACUCAGAUGCACUGACCAGGUAGACAGGAAAAGCCCCGUGAACUUUUGAAUUUCAUUUCCUGUUUGCCCAGCGUGGAGAGCACAGGUGACUACGCAGAGGUCAUCAGCACAUGUAACCAUGAUGGAGUCCCAGGAUCGCAAAAGAGCUCCAGCAUGGACCGAACGGGAGGUACGGGAUCUGCUCGCCAUAUGGGGAGAUGAAUCAGUGCUAGCUGAACUCCGUAGCAGUAAAAGAAAUUGCAAUGUAUUAGAAAAGGUCUCCAAGGCCAUGAAGGACAGAGGCCAUAACAGGGACGCACAGCAGUGCCGCGUGAAAAUUAAGCAGCUACGGCAAGCCUACCACAAAGCCAGAGAAGCAAACGGAAGGUCCGGGGCAGAGCCGCAAACUUGCCGCUUCUACACGGAGCUGCAUGCCAUUCUAGGGAGUGCAGCCACCACUACCCCAACCGUGUGCUAUGACUCCCUCACUGGAGAAACACACAGGGAAGAGGGUUCGUACGAGGAAGAUGAGGAUGGAGGUAAUGUAGAUAGCUCACAACAGCAAGGAAGCGGAGAAACCAACAGCCAGGAUAUGUUUGUCACCCUGGACCUGGAACCAGUAACCCCCGAACUCACCCAAGACCCUGAGGGCACACAGGGGACCUCUGCUGAAAAUGUUUCUCCUUCAGAGGCUAGUGAACAUUAGAAAGAGAAAACGGAGGACGCGGGACGAUAUGUUCACGGAGCUGCAGAUGUCCUCCCACGCUGAUAGAGCACAGCAGAAUGCGUGGAGGCAGUCAAUGUCAGACUACAGAAAAGCACAAUAUGAACGAGAGGAGAGGUGGCGGGCUGAAUCGCGGGAUGAACAGAGCAAGUUGCGGGCUGAAGAUGAUAAGUGGCGUCAGCUUGCAGACAGAAGGCAAGAGUCGAUGCUCCGGCUGCUGGAGCAUCAAACUGAUAUGCUCCAGCGUAUGGUUGAGCUGCAGGAAAGGCAGCAGGAGCAGAGACCGCCGCUACAGCCCCUGUGUAACCAACAGCCCUCCUCCAAGUUCCAUAGCCUCCUCACCCAGACGCCCAAGAACAUGGUGGGGGGGCCUCCAGUCACUCCACCCCAGAUGAUUGCCCGAGCAUCAGAAGGCUGGCCUUCAAUAAGAGUUAAAGUUUUAAAAUGCAGUGUGUCCUUUUCCUUCCCUCCUCCCCCACCCAUCCCGGGCUACCUUGGCAAUUAUCCCCCUAGUUGUGUGAUGAA